GAGGUCGCGACGGACAAGCGCGGCAAGCCGCUAUCGACGGACGACUUCCUGUCCGGGCGGCCCGACGGGCCGACGGAGCUCGUCGCGGGAUUGGGCGGCGAGCCGACGAUUUUGCUGGUCGAGGACGGCAAGCUCGCGGACUACGCGAUCCAGGCCGAGUGCACGCACCUCGGCUGCCUCGUCGGGCCCUACAACCCGCUCUCGCAGCGCUUCGUCUGCCCCUGCCACGGCUCCGAGUACCUCCGGAACGGCGCGGUCGCGCGCGGCCCCGCGCCGAGCUCGCUCAAGCUCGCCAAGGUCGGCACGGACGACCAGGGGCGCAUCACGCUCGAGCGAUGGACGGCGCCGGACUUUCGCGACGGG